GAUGGCUAUAGUGCUGAUAUAAGGUCUGGUUGUAGCAAUUUCCUGUUAGGAAGCUGGUUAUAGCUGUUAACUGAGAGGCAAUACAAACAAGAAGCAAUGAAGUCUGUUUUGGAAAUGUUUGAUGUUGACAUGAAAGUCGGUGACACUGUCAAAGUCAAAAUUUUUAUUGACCCAGAUGCAGAAAGGUUUGCAAUUAGCAUGGGAAAAGACAACUCUGAGUUGGCGUUGCAUUUUAACCCUAGGUUUGAUGACGAUCAAGAUGGUCAAGUGAUUGUCUUUAACAAUAAAGAAGAUGGUGAGUGGUGCACUGAGCAGAGAGAGGACACCUUCACCUUUGAGAAGGGAGAAUACUUUAAGUUUUCCAUCACGUUCCUUGGGGUGAAGUUUGAGAUUAAGUUGCCUGACUAUGUUAUGGAGUUCCCUAACCGGUCUUCCAUGGAUACGAUAACUUUCCUCGCUGUGCAGGGGGAUGUUAGAGUGAAGUCUGUGAAAUUUGAUUAUUGACAUUCACCACUUGAUUGAGGAAUGGGUCUUCAAGGAAAAGAAUACUACUUUUUGGUUGGGCCAGAGGGUAGAGGUGGGAGGAAUUUUUCAACUCCAUUAUUUUCUAAACUACUUUCAACUGCCAUUUCCCAAAUGGGAAGAGAAAUGUCAAACUUUCCUCUUUUUUUUCCUCCUUGGAUUUGUGGCUAAGAAGAUCUGCCUUUUUAAUGCUCUUACUCAACCCUUCCUAUUUGUAUUAACAUUGGAACCAAGGUCUGGACAUAACCAUGCCUCAAAUAUGGCCAAUUCAGCUCCCUAUAGAAAAGUCAUUUGAGACUUUCCUAGUCUUGAGGAAAAAUAGCUAGGCUCUUAUCUCCAUAAUCUCCCUUCAAAUUGAACUGCAUUGACACUGCAGGGACAAGUAUUUACAAGAACUGAUCCAGUGUGAAUGCUAAAGAUUAGCACCUUGUCCUCUAUUGAACUGAUCCCUGAUUUUUGUCUGGCAAACCUGAUCUAAGCCCAUGUACCUGCAACUGCCUUCUUAGGGAGGGAGGACUGUUCCCAAAGAUUAACUAAUGUUUUGAAGUGAGGGGUUGUCAUGGUGUCCAUUAGCUGAGCAAUAUUUGCCCAAGAACAUCUGGCAGUGAAACAGUUCACCUUAACUGAAAGCAGACUAACCAUGAGGUGCACUAGUUAAUGGAUUUCCACUGGCGCAAACCAUUCUAUGAAUGAACUUGUGCCAUUAAACCUUUCCCAUUUUGGUAUUGGUGCACUGGUUCAUUUCACUGUUCAAAUGGCAUUUUAAUUUAGUUUUGUGAAGGCUUCAAUCCUGGAUGAAGGGAUUAGUCACCUAAGGAGCUGAAAUCAAAUAGUAAAUCAACUUGUGACCUAUUAAAUUUACUUUGUGUUGCAUAA